AUAAUUUGAAAAUUAUUCGAUCGAUGAAUUGUAAAGCUGAUCUUUAAUCCAUUGAAAAUUACAAUGAACUCAUUUUGGUUGUUUGUGGCUCUCAUUUUUCUAUAUAAAUAUUCGGAAGUUCAAGGAGCUGGAAAGGUCGUGGAAGUUGUCAGUUAUAAAGUACGAAAUUACGUCGUAAGAAUAGACAGUGGAACGGGUGUAUGUUUGGGAACAAUUUUAACACCAUGGAAAAUAGUAACAUCAGCAUCAUGCUUGCAUAAAAAGGAUUCGGUAACUUUAUUGAUUGGCCCAAUAACUUCGGCUGAACCAAUCCAUUCAGUGAAUCUCACAAAAAGUGAAAUUUUUGCACAUCCAAGAUAUGAUGAAAAAUUUCCGUAUGCCAACAAUAUCGGUGUAAUUCAACUUAAAGAUGAAAAUAAGCUCAAGUUUGGAAACGACCUUGGCAACAUAGGUUGGUUGGAUAUGCUGUACGCUGGACCGAAAACAGGUGAAACGGUUACAAUUAUUGAAUCGGAUCCGAAGAAUCGCAAUGUUUUUUUUUAUGUUGAUACAACGUUGAUUGAUUUUACCAAAUGUGAAAAAACGUAUGGAACACAUUUUAAGCGUGCAUUUGGGCCAAACUUCGCUCCAUUAGAGGAAGGAAGAGAUUUGUGUGUCAAUUUAAAAGGUUCGACCGGUGGUUUGACAGGAGGUCCGGUUAUAACAAGAGAUAGUAGAUUCCUUGGUGUUAUUAUAAAUAAUGAGGCAGGGCAACCGGAACUUUUUGGUCUUUUUAGAAGACAUCGUGAUUUUAUUGAAACUCCAAAGAUUUUCAAUCCACGAAGAUAAAAUCCUUAAAACUGCUUCUGGAUACUAACAAAAAAUAAGAAAUCUAUGGCAUACGGAAUAAAAAAAUAUAUUUUUACCAACAAA